CGCGAAACUCCUUCUUCGACCAUCGACAACCACGCCAAACGACGACGACAUCAAAAUGCCAGUAUCAAAGGACCAAAAGAAAGGUACAAUCUCCUUUCUAACAUAUCUCUACAUCUACAUCUACUCUCCUCAUUGAGUCCGCCAUGUGUGUGUGGAAGCCAUCUCGAACUUUUCUCCAAUUGCGAAAUUUGCGAAAUCUUUCGGGAAAUCUUACUACCACCAUGCGCCAACGAUGAAAUGAGGGGAUAGAAUGCGAUACGAUGCGCACCAGCAGCAGCAGAUAUUGCGAGUUCGUCAAGAGCGAUUGCUGAUGCGUAAGUCAUUAUAGGUGCUGCCGCCAAGGGCAAGGCUGGUAAACAAGCCAACUCGGCUGCUAAGUCUGCGUUGAAGGGUGUAAGUUUUGGAUAACUGAUCAGCUUUGAAUAAGUCUAUGCUAACCAUAUCCCAAGGCAUACGCAAACAAGGUCCGAAAGGUCCGCAAGUCCACCACCUUCCACCGACCAAAGACCCUGCAAGUCUCCCGAAACCCAAAAUACCCACGUAAAUCCAUUCCUCAUCAACCCCGCCUCGAUGAGCACAAGGUUAUCGUCCACCCUCUCAACACUGAGAGCGCCAUGAAGAAAAUCGAGGAGAACAACACCCUUGUCUUCAUUGUCGACAUCAAGGCCAACAAGAGACAAAUCAAGGAGGCUUUGAAGAAGCUUUACGAUAUUGACACAGUCAAGAUCAACACUCUUAUCCGGUAUGUCGAGUCAAUCCACCGGACAAUGAUUGCAAACACUAACAUUCUUUAGACCUGAUGGAUCAAAGAAGGCCUUUGCCCGUCUUACUGCUGAUGUUGAUGCCCUUGACAUUGCAGCCACCAAGCUCGCAAUCGUCUAAAUGUGUGUUUUGAUGAAUGGGUUGGCGCUUGUCUUGAUGAGCGAGGGUUUAUGAUAUGGUUAUGAAGAAUCUUCACGACAAUCUUUCGUGGCUACGAAUGGGCGAUUGUCUUCUGCAUUAAAACGGCGUACAUGA